AGGAAGUCUCGCAGUGCAACUGGAAAAGCUUGCUGGCUUUGCACAUUUUUGUGAGCUUCAUGGCUCACUGAGUCAAGGUUAUCUUCCUUGGACAGGGUGAUGUGGAUGUCAAAGAGCCAUGCAGCAAGCAAAAGGGCUGGGAUCUGACAGCAGCUGCUGAAGUGCUGAAUUGCCUGUGCCUGAAGAAGUCUGACCACAGCUGGAGGUUACAGAAGGUGCAGGCACAGUUCCCCAAGUGAGUGAGUGAGCCUGCGGUUGGUGGUCUGACAGGCACCAGAGCAGAGGGUGCUGCCACUCUCCUGUGAAACCAUAGGAAGUGUUUCAUGAUUCAAGAUAAGACCUUCACUUCCUCGUUCUGUGCUCGUACCACUGAGCUGCCACCGAGGCUGCACCAUCCACCCCGAGAACCCUGUCACGAAAUGGACCAGGAGACCCUGGGAAGCAUUGUCCUGCUUGUCAUCGUCACCCUGAUCAGUGUCGUCCAGAACGCUUUUUUUGCAAACAAAGUGGAGCAUGAAAGCAGACACUGCAAUGGGAAGGUGUUGCAGCGGCAGGGAUCCUCCUCCUUCGACCGUGUCUACACUGCCAACCAGAACUGUGGACAUGCAUACCCUACGUUCCUCGCUGUGCUUUGGUGUGCUGGCCUUCUCUGCAGCCAAGCUCCUGCUGCCUUUGCUGGCCUGAUGUACCUGUUUGUGAGGCAGAAGUACUUUGUGGGCUACCUCGGGGAGAGAACUCAGAGCACUCCUGGUUACCUGUUUGGAAAGCGCAUCAUUUUGUUCCUGUUCCUCAUGUCUGUGGCUGGAGUACUCAACUACUAUCUUGUCUUCUUUUUCGGAAGUGACUUUGAAAUACACAUUAAGACGAUAACCAGCGCGAUCUCUCCAUUGCUGCUCAUUCCCUAAUUCCCCAGAGCACUGAGAGGGUCAGCACGCUUCCUAUAUUGAUGCCCAAAAGCUGCUAUAAUUCAACUGUUUAAGAAAUGAACCCAUAACCCAGUGAGAUUUCUGUAAAUCUCAUGCUUGACAAGCUCUGUAGUUUGAUUUAGCCUUGCUUUUUUUUCUUCGUCAAAAAGAUUUAUCAUGAGCACUUGGCACGCCCAAGGAAUGGUAACAACUUUUCAUUUAAUUCUUUAGAAUUCUUUUCCCUAAAGGGCAUCUUGCAAGCUGCCUGCAUGACUGGAAGGGACAUUGUAUGCUUGCUUCAUAAAUGUGUCAUGCUUAGCUUUUGUCCCAAACCCCAGGAUCCUCCCAGUGUCGUUCCUGUCUGGUGGCUCCCCCAGUCACCCUCAGAUGCAAGAACAGCCCUUCACCAUCAUUCCCCGCGGCCCUGCCCACACAAGGGCAUGGACCAGCCUCUUCACCUACCCUUUCCCUCUGACUUGUUGAUGACCAAACUCUUGCUGGUGCAGGAGGGUGGCAAAUUGGCCCUUUUCUGGUCUUCCUUGAUAAAUAAAUAUUCAUGUGCGUAACAGUCACCACGCUGAUCUCAUUCACGCUUCAGCCUCUUUGUUCUCCCAGAACUGGGAAAAGGAGUGGUGUGUAAAUGAGGAGCUGGUGUAUCGCCGGUGGGGUUGGGUUUGUUUUGAUUUGCUUUGUUUAAUAAAACAGUCUAAAGCAAUGAA